AAGCCAUUUAAACACACAAUAUUACUAAGGCAAUAUGCAGUAAGAGCAUGUAAAACUUCUAGAAAUCCGAUUCCUAAGAAAUUAUGCAGUAAAUCCAUGGACUUGCUGCUUUUGUUCUUAGUAUAUGGCGUUACUGCACUUUUGCUUAGUAUUUUACCUGAAUUCCAGAAUAUCUUUGAAAUAAUAAUCGAUUUUCAAGGAGUUUAUAGUGAUUUUUACUGCAUUUUACCUUAGUAAAAAAAGACGCGGGAUAGUUCAAUUAAUAAGAAUAUUAUAUAACCUCACUUUUCACAAUUUUGGAGUUACUGCAAUUCUUGGUAUUUAGGGCCAACAUAAAGGAGAGAGAAACGAUGGUUCUCACUCGCACACAUCUUCUGUGUGACAAAGAAAGUAAGACUCUUGUAAGAGAGAGAAAACAUAAUAUGUACAGAUAAUUGAUAAAAUAUUAUUAUCAUUUAUCAUUAUAAUUUAAAAUUAUUUUGUUAGUUCAGUUUUAUUUUAAUUUAAAAAAAAGAAAUGUAAUAUAUAAUUGUAAAAAAUGGUUAAAUGUUUAUUAUGUAAUCGAAGUUACCAAACGAUUAAACAUGCUCAAAGUAAAAUCAGCUUUCAUUCUUUCCCUGUAAAUCCUGAUUUACGAAAAAAAUGGAUUAAGAAAUGUGGUCUUGAAGACGAAGACAUAUUGAUAAAAAGUUCCCAUAAAAUAUGUUCGUUACAUUUUACUACAGAUUCAUAUCUACCAAUGUUUCCGAAAUCUAAACGUUUAAAACCAACUGCUGUCCCAUCAUUUUUUAUGAAUUCCAGUUCAAUAUCCGUCAAUGAUUCAAACACUUCAACAUUAAGCUCACCGGUAUUUUCAAAUAAUAUCUCUAUACCUACUAAAAUAGUUCAUAAUUCAUCAACUUCAUCAAUUAAUACAAUAUACAAUCCAGCUGAUGAAUCUAAAUCUUUGAGUUUUUGUAGGCCACCAACCAGAAAAAAAUUAAAUUUUCAUCCUCGGUAUAUUGGUGAUUGUACUGAAAAAGAUUUUAGUACACCUAUAAGAAGGAAGAACAAUUUAAUAUUUGUUAAAAAUCAGUAUUUACUUCAAACAAAAAAAAUAAAAUGCUUACUACAACAAAGUAGCAAUUUGAAAAAAAAAGUGCUUUCAUUAAAAUCACUAUUAAAUGAACUGCAACAUAAAUAUAAAAUAGUUGAAAAUAGUUGAUUCAUAUAGAAAUACUGGAUUUGUUGGCUUAAUUUUAAGUUUGGAAACUGCAAUCAAUUUAUUUAAGUAUUUGCAUUAUAAUCAUUCAUUAGAAUAUUUACUAGGUAACUUACAAAAUUAGCCAAGAUCAUUUGGAAUUAUUUUAGUACUAUUUAAUUAACAUAAAAAACCGAGGUCCCUUAGUAAAACCAUCUAAAGAUGUAGAGUUACUGUUCAAAGAAACUGAAAAAUGUAUUAGGCAGCAUCAAGAAGUUGUAUUCAAACAAAAUAAUAUAGUACGAUUUUUAAAUAAUAAAGUAAAAAGGGCAUUAUAUGAAGUUGUUUUCAAAAAUGAAGAAAUGUAUCAACAUAUAAUCUGUCAGCAACAAUUUAAUAAUCACAGAGAUCAAUUGAUGAAUUUAAUAAUUACAUUCUACCUUAAUAUUCGACUGCAUCAUAAAGGUAAACAAUUUGAUAAAGAAUCAUGUCUCCAGAAUAAAUUUAACAAACUAGUAUUAUUUAAUAAUGAAUAGCAAAAUUAUUUUAUUUAUGCUAAAAAAGAUAUUCAUUGCUUUCAUUUGUACAUUUUGUUAUAUUUUAUUAUAAAUAAAAAAUAAUAUAUAAUAUAUAAUAUUGUUA